CACAAUGGUAGAAAACAUAUUAUUAUUAUUCAUAUUAUUGUGGUCGGCGGUUUGCGUAAAAGGCGAUGUCUAUAAAAUCGGGGUAUUGACACAGAGUGAAAAUGACACAGACUUCAUGCUAUUGAAAUCUAUAUCACAGAUCUCUGACGUUUCGUUCGAUCCUAUUUUUAACGACCCGUUGAACAACAUAACCAACACGUUUUGUGUUUCAUUCUCCGACAAUACAUUAGCCGUUAUUGAUCUCCUUAAUCCCCCGUGUACACUGUGCCGGAAGAUUUGUAAUGCUAAUUCAAUGGCCUACUUCCGGACUGACUUCUCAUACAUCAAACCGGCAAUUCAAUUAAUCGAAUCUUACGUCAUGUGGUUGAACGUCACCAGAGAAAUUACGUUGGUUUUCACAAACGAAAAAGAUGCUGAUCAAGCGAUCGCUUACUUGACUUCGGGAGAAUCUCAUUUGAGAUCCAUUGUCUUGUACCGGCUAACUUCUAAAGAAAUCGAACAGCUUAGAAACACAAAAAUCGGUGUACGACACAUCGCACUGAUAGGGAAUAAUUUGGAACGACACCUGGAAACGAUACAAAAAGAGAAUCUAAUAAGACACGACGAAUCUUGGAUAAUUAUUACAAACACAACAAAUUUAAUUGGACUCAAAUCGUCAUUGGUGGUCAUGAAGAUCACUUCGUGGGAGAACGGUGGAUAUGCAAAUAAAACUUCGCGGGUUAAAAAAUUUUUUGACUUUCUUUUAUACUUCCUCGUCCAUUUUACACCACAAAACCGCCAAAAUUUCAACUGUGAUCUCAGUUCUGAUGUCACUCUAUCAGAAAAUCGCAAAAAAAUCGAAGACAUUAUCAGAUCAUACGAACUCAAAGACGAAAUCCAUUUCGAAGCCGACACAGAUUUGGUGACGUACAACGAUCAAGCAGAAAUAUACAAAAUGAAUGUGAACGGAGUGCCAAAUCAUUUGGGUUCGUGGACCGCGAACGACGAUUUAAACAUGAAAUACCUGGUUUCAACUGUGUCCAGCGGCCGUCGGUUUUUCAAAAUCGGGAUCAUAAAGUUUAUACCUUGGACGUUCUUUGAGGAUACGUGGAAAGGUUACUGCAUCGACCUUAUUAAAAAGCUAGCCAAAGAGAUGAAUUUCAAAUACGAACUGGUCGUUAAAGAUAAAUUCGGUGAUUUCAACAACAUAACGAAAAAAUGGACUGGACUGAUCGGCGGCCUAGUAGAAGGAGAGCUGGACAUCGUGGUGGCUGCGUUGACCAUGACUUCAGAACGUGAAGAAGUCAUCGACUUUAUUGCGCCGUACUUCGAACAAUCAGGAAUAUCAAUAGUGAUCAGAAAACCGUCGAGGAAAACCUCCCUAUUCAAAUUCAUGACCGUACUUAAGCCGGAGGUGUGGCUUAGCAUAGUAGCCGCCUUAACCGUGACCGCGUUCAUGAUCUGGAUACUGGACAAGUACUCGCCGUACAGUGCGCAGAACAACCAGCCGAAAUACGAGCAAUUCAGGAACUUCACGCUGGUCGAGAGUUUCUGGUUCGCGUUAACGUCGUUCACCCCGCAGGGGGGUGGCGAGACUCCGAAAGCCAUCAGCGGACGUGUUUUGGUCGCCGCGUACUGGGUGUUCGUCGUGCUCAUGUUGGCCACGUUCACCGCCAAUCUGGCCGCGUUCCUCACCGUGGAGCGGAUGCAAACUCCGGUGCAGUCCUUACAACAAUUGGCUCGGCAAUCCAGGAUCAAUUAUACCGUGGUCAAGGGUAGCAAUACGCAUGAAUUCUUUCAAAACAUGAAACUGGCCGAAGAUAUUCUGUACAACGUUUGGAAAGAGAUAGCGUUGAACCAGACAAACAAUCGGAGAGACUUUAGAGUUUGGGAUUAUCCCAUUAAAGAAGAAUUCGGACAAAUACUAGCGGCCAUCGAAAGAACCGGAACCGUACCGAACAGAACGAUCGGAUAUCAAAUGGUGUUGGACAACGAGCAAGGCGAGUUUGCUCUGAUCCACGAUUCGUCGGACAUCAAGUACGAGGUAUACAACAAUUGCAAUUUGACCGAGGUGGGCGAAACGUUUGGUGAAAGACCGUACUCGAUUGCCGUCCAACAGGGAAGCCUCAUACAAGAGGAGAUCAGCAGAAAGAUAUUGGAUUUGCAAAAAGAUCGAUUUUUCGAACUGUUGAACGCCAAGUACUGGAAUGCUUCCAAAAUGAGCAUGUGCCCGAACGCGGAUGACAGCGAAGGCAUCACUUUGGAAAGUUUAGGCGGUGUAUUCAUAGCCACUCUAGUCGGAUUGCUAAUAGCGUUGAUUACGCUGGCAUUUGAAGUGAUCUACUUUAAACACAAACGUGCCAAGGUUGGCGAAAUCAUCGCCAAGAAGCGCACCGCUCAUAAGGAUCCGCUGAUGUACGGCCACGAGUUGUUCAUGACAGUAGGCAAGCAUUCUAGUUCGGAUGAUCGCAAACGUUGGGCGAACAAGAUCAAGCUACAAGAUUCGACUGCGGCUCGCCUAAACAAUGCUUUGUUUUAUCGCAGGAAUAAAUUUUAAAAUUAGAACUUCAAACAUUUGAUAAUAUAAUAAUAGAGUAUAAUAAUUAUUA